AUGGGCGACAACUUGGAGACCGUGCCACUGACGUUCGGGAACGGCGAAGGCGCCGCAUCCAACGUCUUCGCCGGGUCGUUCCACUCUUGCGUGACUGGGUCCGAGGGGGGGCUGGCCUGUUUCGGGUACAACGCCCUGGGCCAGUCUUAA